CGCGUGUCCGGGUAGCGCAGUCUACCGUUGACCGUUAACCCUUUCGGACGCGGAGGGGUGGAUACCUGCGUGCCAAGGAGAAAAGUCUGUCGAGGGACAUUAGUGCGUAUCUAUCCAUCUCUCCGGGAGUCUCGGAGGUUUAUCUUCCGUUUCUCCACGAUGAACGGAAACGCGAGGAACGAGCGGCCAACCGCGGACGACAUCGAUGCCGCCUCCCUCAGCGCCGAUAUUCUCAACCCCUUCGUGCACCGACUCGAGCUCGGCUCGACUUACGAGAAGCUCAAGACGAUAUUCUUAACGAUCGCCCUUUUGCCGGUCAGGCUAGCUGCAAUCACGACUUUAAUGAUCCUAGCAUGGCUAUUGGCCUGCCUUGGACUGCAUGGAUUGUCCGAGGAGGAUCUUCGGCGAGCUCCUCUCAAAGGAUGGAGACGAGACAUGCGCGUCGUGAUCUGCUGGAUGAUGCGGGCGUUAUUUCUCUGCGGUGGAUUUCAUCACCUGAAGGUCAAGGGGCGGAAGGCGGAGACUAAGGAUGCACCGGUGCUGGCUCUCGCCCCGCAUUCCAGCUUCUUCGAUGCGCUUCCGGUCGUGUACCUUGGCGGGCCGAGCAUCGUUGCCAAAGGGGAAAGUAGUCGUCUCCCUUUCUUUGGAAAACUUAUCAACUAUACACAGCCAGUCUACGUGUGGAGGGAAGAUCCAAAUUCUCGGCAGAAUACUAUCAAGGAGAUCAUUGAGAGAACUACUUCCAAGGAGGAUUGGCCACAAGUUAUGAUAUUUCCUGAAGGGACUUGUACAAACCGGUCAUGCUUGAUUACGUUCAAAUCGGGCGCCUUUUAUCCCGGUGUACCGGUGCAACCAGUGUGCAUCAGAUAUCCUAACAAAUUGGACACGGUAACGUGGACGUGGGAAGGUCCUGGCGCAUUGAAAUUAUUAUGGUUGACGUUAACACAGUUAAAUAGUAGCUGCGAGAUCGAGUUUCUUCCUGUAUAUAAUCCAAGCGAAGCAGAGAAACUAGAUCCUAAACUGUAUGCAAACAAUGUACGACGUCUUAUGGCAGAGGCAUUAAAAAUUCCCGUUUCGGAUUACACGUACGAUGAUUGCCGGAUUAUUAGAAAGGCUCAUCAGCUACAUCUUCCGCAUGCGUCAAAUAUCGUAAAGAGCCAUAAACUUCGGUAUAAAUUAGGUUUAGUGGCAUCAAAAACUGAAGAAGAACUCGUCCAGAAGAAGACGUAUAAUUUUGGUGACGUAAAUUUACAAGAAUUUGCGCAGAUCCUUAGAUUGGAUGACAAGGAUCCAACCACUCAACAACUGUUUCGCAUUCACGAUAAGUUCGGGAAAGGAAAGAUCGAUCUUGAAGAGUAUAUCUUCACCGUGUUGGCGACGGCAAACGCGUCUUCGGAACGAGACAAAGUCGAGAUUGCAUUUGACAUAUGCGGCUCGAAAACAGCAACGUGUUUGACCCAAUCGGAACUCAAGAAAGCCUUGAGGUUAUCGAUACGUAUGCAGUCCGAGGAAUCCGACAGGAUCUUUCAACACGCCAGAAUUAACGAGGAUGCUUGCACAGUGAGCUUUGACGAUGUUCUGACACAACUGUCGAAUCGAACGGAAUAUGCACAUUUAUUCGCCGCAAAUAACGAAAACUCGAAGAAGACCAUUUGAAAGUGUCUUUUAGAGCCUGAUAGUUCUUCUAGAGAACAUCGAGGCAAACCUUUCCUUAGUCCCAUCUGCUCCACUUCUGUAUGAGAAACGUAUCCAAGGUGCUUCAAGGAUUAUAAAGCAAAACUAUUUUGUCAUCUACGGAAGCUGCAGUUGAAUGUAAGCGGCAAUUUAGACAGCUAGCCCGUGUUUUUCCUAUAAUCUCAUAAAUUAGAAAAAGUCGAGAAUUUAGCGACUUAGAAUUUUAGGAAACUAAAAUUCUAAGAUUUGAGGAUUCUAAAUGAUCUUAGAUUUGAUAAUCCGUGAGUAAUUUAGUUACGAAGG